AUGGGAAGAAGAAUACUGAACGAUGCCUUGAGAGCAAUCGUCAAUGCCGAAAAGAGACGAUUCGCAACUGCUGAGCUCAAGCCCAUCUCCAAUGUCCUCUCCUCUUUCCUGCAAAUCAUGAAAUACAGAGGUUACAUUAAGGAUUUUCAAGUGCACGAUCCGCACAGGGUAGGGAGGAUCACUGUGCAGUUGCUGGGUAGAGUUAAUGAUUGUCGGGCUAUCACUUACAGGCAAGACGUUAAGGCUCAGUAUAUCGAGAAUUACAAAACUCGUGCUCUUCCAACACGUCAGUGGGGCUAUGUUGUGAUCACAACACCGAAUGGAGUUCUCGAUCACGAGGAGGCUAUUCGACAAAACGUUGGCGGACAAGUUCUCGGAUACUUUUACUGA